CGUCCAAAUAUAAACUCUGACAUGCCUGAGUUUCCCCAGGGUGGUCCAUCUGGUUCAUCAAAAGGUAAAGGGAAGGUCGAUGAAGACUUUUGUCCCCCAGCAGGGACUGAAGGUAAAGAUGUUCUCCAUGCUCUGAUCAUGGAAGAAGUUAAUUCGAAGUUCCGUGACAUGAAAGAGGAAUUGAAGGUUGAAUUGAUGGGUGAAGUCUGUCGGAUGUAUGGAGUAGAGAAGUCUUUAUUGAAAGACGAACUCUUAGACGAGAUUAUUAGCAAUCUGCGCCAUGGUGGGAAGUUUCCAACAACCCCCCCUCCGAAAGCUGCUUCACCAGGUAAAAACAAACCAUCUGAGGGACAAACCUAUGGUCCCCCUAAUAAUGCAAAUGUAAACAAGGAGUCCGGGGGACACGCAGAUGUCCCAUUAACGAACGCUGUUACUGAGGGACAAACGCAUGGUCCCCCAGAAAAUAUAAAUAUCAACAAGGUCCCUAGUGGGCAGACCUCUGAUUCCCCCCAUGUCCAGAUAGACCCUCCCGCCCCAAGUUCUCCUCAAUCGCCGUCUAAGGGGAAAAGUAAUUCUCAACUUUUGGAGGAGUUUCAGCGGCAAGCCUGGUCUGAGUACGGAGGAGUGUCUGAUGUUUUACAAAACCUCAACCAAUCUUAUGCAUCUCCCUCUGGUCCUGCUAAGUCUGGUCCGUUUGGACCUUCUCCUGGUCUUGUUGCUUCUGGUCCUUCUACCAUUCAUCCAUCUCCUUCUGGUCCUUCUUCCUCGAAGUUCUCUAUUGAUCACAACCCAAAAGACUUCCAAACUCCAUUGCCAACCAUUAGUGAGGACAACGCAGAGGAAACCGAGGACGAAGAAGUUGCAGAUGAGGUCCUGGUUGGAAAGUCUGUUAAAGAGAAUUUUCCUGAAGAUCACAACCCCAACGACUUCCAAACGCCUCAUCAAGAUGUAGAGGAGAUCAGUUCGGCUGAUGAAUCAGAGGACGAUCAAGAUACAGAGCAGGUUGCUGGUGGAAAUUCUUUUGGUGUGUCUGAGGACAUGGGAUUUGUUGGUGAGGAGAGAAGGGAAGCUAUAGAGAAUAAGUCUGUUGGUGUGUCUGAGCACGUUGAUGUUGUUGAGUGCGAGGACAGAAGAGAAGAAGUAAUUGAAAAAGGGUGA